AUGAUUGGCACAUCCCUUGGCGAAUGGAUCCUGAUUCGCCUCACCAUCCUCCUCUUCCGUUACACUCCGCUGCUCUACGUCGCCCUUCUUGCCGCCCUCUGCCUCGGGCAUGGCGUCAUCCCAUGGAAUAGCACCGCUGCCAGGACCUUGUGCGCCUUGCUUGCCUCCGAGGCGCUCUUCUAUGCCUUUGUCUGGAUCCCCUAUACGCGGAGGCUGCGCCAACCGGCCUCACAUCCCGCGCCUCUAUCGCCCUCGGCCCGAAGCGACCUCUUUCGUCGAUGCAUGGCCAAUGUCGCCAACCCCGAGAGCUAUCUGCGAGGCUGGUUCUUGGGAGCCGACAUCGACGACAUCGGCCACCAAAAUGUGCGCGAAUUCCUUCUCUGGGCCUUCUUCGACAUGAGCGAGGCGGAUGCGCUUAUUAGUCCGCAUCGCGAAGCCAUCUCGGCCGAGCUCGAUGACUACGUCGCCAUUGCCGAAGCGCGCCUGGGCCGCCCUCUUGGUCCGGGCCGCGGGUCGGCCCAAUCCCUGCGCCUCACAUUGGACCGCAUCGACACGGCAUACCGCAGCCUGGCCUGGUACGUGGUCAUCCUCGCCGUUGACCACGCGUCCCACGUGGCCAUGUCCUGGCACGGCUUUCGCUACUACGCCAGGGCGCCCGCUGCAGCUGCCAAUACCUUUCCACCCAGGCCCUUGGAGCUCUUGGCGCGCCGCCGGUCGCCCGCGCCGGGCCUGGGCUACUGGUAUCAUCCCCAUCAAUCAGGCCAAGACGACCUCCCUGUUCUCUUCUUCCACGGCAUUGGCAUCGGCCUCUGGACGUAUGUGCGCUUCCUCACCGACCUGCGUGCGGCCAGCAAGCCAGGGGCCAAUGGUCGUGGCCGCGGCGUCAUCGCCGUCGAGAUUCUUUCCGUCUCGUUCCGCCUCACGCCUCCUGUGCUCGGCAAGGCAGAUUUCUUGCAGGAAAUGGCGAGCAUCCUGGAUCAUCACAGCGGGUGGGACAAGUUCACGAUGGUGUCGCAUUCGUACGGCUCAGUCCCGAGCACCCACGUCCUUCUCUCUCCGACGCUGGGCCCUCGAGUCCCGUCGGUGGUCCUUGUCGAUCCUGUCACAGUCAUGCUUCACAUGCCCGGCGUGGCUUACAACUUCACGCGAAGGCGUCCCAGGCAAGCCAACGAAUGGCAACUGUGGUAUUUUGCCAGUACCGAUCCCGGGGUUGCCCACUGUCUCGGGCGACAUUUCUUUUGGCGCGAGAACAUUAUCUGGAAAGAAGACUUGCUCUCAUGUGGCGGCAAGGACUCGGUGGCCAGGAAAGCCGUCGUCUUCUUGGCGGGCAGGGACUUGAUUGUGGAUGCGGCAGCGGUUGCGCAAUACCUUGGAGAGGAACAGGCGACAAGUUCCGAGAAUGGCAGAGUCGGGGCAGUCCACCACAAGAACAGUCAUGGUCGAACUGGUAAGGUGGACGUGAUUGUGUCCCCCAAUCUCGACCACGCACAGAUAUUCGACAGAAGGCUCGACCACAGACGACUGAUUGAAAUAGUAGGGCGUCACUGCAGGGGGUGA